UUCUGGAGGCGAACAAAAACAGCGCCAGCGCGGUUCAUGAUGUACGCGUUAAAAAAAGGUUUGCUAGAAUGAAAAGUCCCUGGAGAAAAAGACGUCGUUCAGUAACUAGUAAAGAAGCUGGAGACGUGUUGGAGAAGUGUAACCAAAGCUUUGAAUUUAUCAUGAAACCAAAGGAAUUGAGUCGACCGACAUCGGAAUGUUGUAACCAUGUAUCAUGCAAUCGGUCAAAUGCCUCUUCUGAAACACAAAUAUCGAAGAAGACUUUCGUUAAAUCGCACAGCUCUGAUAGGACCGUCUACGAAAAACAAAAUGUUACGCCAAUAGAAGUGAUCAAACCUGAAGGUAGCAAUGAUAAAACUGUAAAGCUAUCACGAUCUAAAUUGCAAAUGAAAACUAAACCCAAACCGCCAACGAAAGAGAUGAAAGAUGUCGAAUGUCAGUGCCCUGAAGAAAAAUUUGAGAUCUCAGACGCAGACAUACAAUGCGACAUCAUUGACAGAAAAGCAUUGGUAGAGUCUCCUAUGUCUGACUAUAGCGGCAACCGAUAUUAUAUGAGAGAACAUACAAGCAAUGCUGGAAAAUUAAGUGCAGUUUCUUCUCAG